AUGGCUUCUUUCAAGAAGCCCUCCCCUCAUCCUGAGGACAUCACCGUCGAGUCUCUGCCCUCCAUCCUUGCGGACGACAACAGCGUGAAGCUCGCCGGCGUCGACGUUGACGGUAUCCUGCGCGGCAAGCUUGUCUCCAAGAAGAAGUUCCUCUCCGUCGCCAAGGCUGGCUUUGGCUUCUGCUCUGUCAUCUUCGGCUGGGACAUGCACGACCAGACCUACUUCCGCGAGCUCGGCAUCAGCAACAAGGAGAACGGCUACAGGGACCUUAUCGCCAUCCCGGACCUGGCAACGUUCCGCAGGAUACCAUGGGAGGACAAUAUGCCCUUUUUCCUCGUCUCCUUCUACGACCCAGACACCAAUGAGCCCCUGAGCGCAUGUCCCCGCCAACUGCUCAAGAGACAAGUUGACAAGCUCGAGGCCAACGGCUGGGGCGCCAUGGCAGGAGCCGAGUAUGAAUUUUACCAGUUCAAGAACCCCGAGGGCAACACCUCUGCCGCCCCUUACCUCAGGGACAACACCACCCACUCUCUCCCCGCACUGACAGAGGGCAUGUUCGGCUACAGCCUGAUCAGACCUGUCCAUAACAAGGACUAUUACUACGACAUCUUCAACACCUGCGAGGCGUUCAACUGCAACAUCGAGGGCUGGCACACCGAGAGCGGCCCUGGUGUCUACGAGGCUGCCCUCGAGUUCGGCGAGGUUCGAGGCAUGGCCGAUCGCGCCAGUCUCUUUAAGUAUGUCGUCAAGUCCGUUGCCACAAAGUACGCGAUCACGCCUUGCUUCAUGGCAAAGCCCAAGCAGGGCCUGCCCGGCAACUCUGGCCACAUGCACGUGUCGCUGGUCGACAAGGCAGGCAAGAAUCUCCUCUUCCGGGACACCCCCGACGCCUCUGCCCCUUGGGCCGACAUUGCCCACCUCUCUGAUAUCGGUCGGCACUUUCUGGCUGGCCUCCUCGAGGGCCUCCCGGACAUCAUGCCGCUGUUUGCCCCCACCAUCAACAGCUACAAGCGCCUGGUGGAGAACUUCUGGGCGCCCGUCACCGUGUCCUGGGGACUGGAGCACAGGGCUGCGUCCAUCCGCAUCAUCGCCCCGCCCACCGCCAAGCCGGGGGCGACCCGCUUCGAGGUUCGCGUGCCCGGCGCCGACGCGAAUCCAUUCUUCGUCUUCUCCGCCAUCCUAGCCCUCGGGAUUCGGGGUAUCGAGAAGAAACUGGAGAUUCCCUGCCCACCGCUUGGAAAGGGCGAGGACGUUGGUGGUGCGUCUGAUCAGGGUCAGAGGCUGGCCAAGAGCCUGCGCGAGGCGGUCGACCGCUUUACCAGGAAGGAGAGCAUUGCGAGGGAGGUCUUUGGAGACGAGUUCGUAGAUCACUUUGGAGGCACCAGAGAUCAUGAGAUCCGCCAAUGGGAUGAGGCCGUGACCGAUUGGGAGAUGAAGAGGUACAUCGAAACUGUCUGAUGCCCGUCUGGGUGGCAUCAUGGGAAUUCAUUGGACAGGAGGGACAGUCCUGCAUGGUAUUUGGGCAAAUUUUUCUAUUGCAACCUACUUCCGGGGUUUGGAUCCUGGCGAGAAUACACAAAAGGGCAAGAGAACGGAAGGUUUCCGCUAUCUGGGUUUCUCCACAAGAUAUACCCCCUCUUAUAUAACCACAACUUCC